GCAUGAGUGUGUAAUGUACGUUUAGAAUCAUCAUCAUCAUUGCUCUAGCUUCUCGCCUUCUUCAGGAGAUACGCCGCCUUGGGGUUCUGCUGGUUUUGUGAUUUUGUCUUCGUUCUUCAUGCUCCGCUUUGGCGUACGUAGCUGCGUCGCGGCCCAGCGCCACGGUCUCUUGACGACGGCGAUGACGGCAUCGUUAUCCGCUGUCCAGCUCUCUGAGGCACGUCGCCUGCGCACCACCACGACUACUUCCAGCACCACCACCGUCACAACGGAGAAGACCAGCGCAGCCUCCGCCUCUUCCUCCCCCUCUACCCCUUCCACCUCGGCGGCUGCGGCGGCUUCCAAAACAAAGGCAUCGAAGCCUGCGUGGGCCGCGCCGAGCAGUACCACGAUCCACAAGUUCAGCGAGGACAAGGCGGAGGCCUCCGCCUACGUCGGUGGGGCCGAUGACGUGCCGUCCUACUCCGCCGCGUCGCACAUGGGCUACCUUCUGCUGCACAGCCGUCGGAUGUGGCUGCCGCUGGUUCUGUACGCGGGUUACUACGCCCUCUCCGCCUACCUCACGCCGCUCCAGGUGGGGCUGUACGCGACGGCGAGUGUCGUGGCGCAGCGCCUCAGUGUGCACGGUCGGGCAAAUCACGUGAAGAAGGAUCUCACGGGCUACACCUGUGUGGUGACGGGCGGCACGAGUGGGAUUGGUUUGUACACGGCUAUGCAGCUUCUCGACAUGGGUGCGCGUGUGAUCAUCGCUGCGCCGGCGGGGAAGGAGAAGGAGACGAUGGAGUUCUUCCUUCAGAACUGUCGGACAUCAGCGGGCAACGCGACGGCCGAGUCGUCGAGCACCUCAACGGUAGGCAGUGGUGACGCAGCGAGCAGCUCGGCGGCUGCCGCUGCUGCUCCGCCGGCCCCCGAGCCCUGCGAGCCACUUGAGAAGCGCGUCGUCUUCGUUUCAAUGGAUUACAUGGACCAGCUCGACGUGAAGGCCGCCGCCGCGCGCAUCAAGGCCCUCGUGCACGACCGCGUCGACCUGCUGGUGAACUGCGCCGGUGUCUGGAAGGAGGAGUCGGGCGUAACAAAGCAGAAGUUUGAGGAGCACAUCGGUGUCAACUUUCUCGGUCCUUUCCACUUCACCGAGGCGUUGCUGCCGUCGCUGCGGAAGGCCCCACACAAGAGCGGGCGAGUGGUUUACGUCACAUGCGCCGCACACAACGGCGUCGCACGCGGCCACGUCGUGCAGGAUCGGAUGACGUUGUUGCCCGGGCCGGACGCGUCGCAGAUCACGGCGCGGUGCUACAGUGCGUCGAAGCUGGGCAACAUCUACCACGCCCAGUCCAUCGCGAGCCGCCGCUACGAGGGCAUCCCGCUAAACCGGCACAGCGACCUGCACCCGGUCGAUGUGUGCUGCGCCGACCCGGGCUUCUGCUUCACGUCGCUGCAGCAGGAGAACAACGACCCCUUCUUGGGAAAGAACGUCGUGGCCCGCACGCUGCGCUCGCUGUGGAUCAAAGACGCCUACGAGGGCAGUCAGACCGUAGUGAACUGCUGCGUGCGGGACGACAUCGAGAACGGCGGGUACUACGCGGAGUGCACGUUGAUGCCGAGCGGACUGAGCAAGCGCGCACAGGACCCGAGGAGCAGAGAUGAGGUGAUUCACUGGGCGAUGGUGAAGACGAUCGCCAAGUACUACACUUUGAAGCCGGAGUGA